UAGUGGGUGUCAGUAACCAGGAAGUGCAGUGACAGAUCGAAGGUACUGUUGAGCUGCUGCUGUUGUUUCUACUCGAGUUUGGUGAUGGACUGGAUCGGGUUCUGCUACGCUGCGGCCAUCGCCCUUGGAGGGUUUAUGGGCUACAAGCGAAAAGGCAGCGUGAUGUCCCUGAUGGCGGGGAUAGUGUUUGGUGGAUUAUCUGCUUAUGGUGCCUACAACGUCUCCAAUGACCCGAAGGACAUUAAGGUCUCAUUGAUUGCCUCUGGACUCCUUGCAGUAAUCAUGGGCAUGAGAUACAAGAAGUCUGGGAAAUUAUUGCCUGCUGGGAUAAUGUCGGGGCUAAGUUUGGUAAUGGUGUUUCGACUUUUGCUCCUGAUCAUGGCGUGAGUGCAGGAACGGCACCGACCAGUCUGAGGAGACCCUGUCGGCCUCUGAAUGAACGAAAGAAACAUGGUUCCCUGUCAGCACCAGUCAUCUGCUACGUGUAAUAACAAGCACUGACACGACAGCGUGAUGUUUAAAUGUCGUGUUCUGAUAGAGUUCAUUCCAAACAUCAGUAACGGAAUUUGAAGCUUAUUUUGUAGAUUUCAUCAUUUUCACCAAAUACUAAAAAACACUGAUCAGUCACUACAUUAAAAAACAGUUAAUACCACUCAAACCAUCACCUUCUUUAAUACAUGAUCAGUGUUAAGUUUCAUGGGACCAGAAUCCAUUUUGUAAUUAAUCUCUACGCUUAUCAAGCCUUUUUUGUAAACCUUAUGAUUUUAUAUUGUUUAAUUUUGUCUUUAUACACUGAUGUAUUCGCUCACAGUACUGGCAGCACAACAGAUGUACCUGACAUUUGUGGGUGUUAUUGUUUGUCUUGGCAGUUUACAGUUUACACUACCACCGUUUUGUUUUCUGCAGGAUAUUAAACUGAAAUAUUCAAAUUAA